UUGCCGAAUUUACAAGCGUGCAUUCAUUGCUCCUUUACGAAUCGAACGACUGCAAUGAAGAUUCUAUUGCUCUUGGUAUUCAUUAUUAUCGGAAGUACUUUCGCUGGACAUGUUGAUGAACCAACUGGAGAAAUAAUAGAAAAAAAAAGCGACAAUGAUAUAUCAAAAAUAUAUUUAGGAGGUAUAUUUGAGGAUCUAUUUGAAUUUCUAGAUAAUCUUUUAAGUGGCUUAGACCAGGAUUUGCGAUCAUUUUUUUACUAUCUGUUUGGUAUUCUGGAUAUAGAAGAAUGUUUCGAAUACCUUUCCGAUAAAAGAACAUUUGCCGUAAAAGGUGCAUGUAGACCCAAAUGUCGCCCUCCUUUUGUAAUUUAUAACUGCGAUAAUGUUAAUAAUAAUAUCCCGCCCGUUCGUCCUCGUCCUCCUUUUUUUCCUCCUAUUCCUACUCGUAGUCCUAGUCCCUUUCCUAAUCCUAAUCCUAAUCCUAAUCCUACUGGAUCUCCGCCAGUGACCGGAGAUCCUUGCGAAAACUGCCAAAAUAUAUAUUAUAUUAUAGCCAAUUGCGAAUACAGUGGUUAUAUUCAGACACUGGAAUGCAUUUUGGAUGCGAUUUUCGGUUAUGAACUUAUAGAUUAUGAUUGCUUAUCGUACAGAUUUCAAUGUCCAGAAGAAUGCCUUUACAAUUCUGGCUAUUACGAUAAAUACGCAGACAUAUGUUACGAUUUUGACGUGUUUUUGGAUUAUAUUUAUUAUACUUAUGAGGAAUGUAUCACAUUCCUUAAAUAAAUCAAAUAUAUAUCAAAUAAUUAAUUGUUAGAAUCUAAUAAUAAUAAUAAUAAUAAAAAUUGGAAAUUCUGUUA